GAUCCGCCAGAACGGCUGCAACGCCCAGAAAUGGCAAAUGACAAAAGGCCAUGUACAAACAACGGUAGUGAAGCAGUAUGUGAAUAAAGUCAUCACAUCUUCUUCCCACUUACAUCAUUUGCCAAGAAAAUUUAUUUCACCCUAUGCAAAAACAGCAAUUAAAAAUACUGACAGAAAGCAAAACUCUAGACAGCCUCUGUUUGGCCCUAACAUUCAUCUGCAAUCGGCAGUGGUAUCAAGAAGGUCAGGACUUCAAGAUUGUUCCACACAUCAAACAAAAUCAGUUCAGAGCAGUGAUAGAAUAUCAAACCUAGGCAGCUACAAAUCAGACAGUACAAACAAUUUCUGCCUUAUAUUGCCAUCCAAGAGAAACAGACCUGUCAGUGCUCCAGCAGGUCAGCUAAGAUGUACACAGUUCUCUUCCCCAAGACUCCAGCUGGCCCAGAAAGAAUCUGAAGUGCCCCAAGUUAUUAAAUGCCAGCCAAGGGUAAUCAAAGUAACAGCUUACAAGAAUGGCACAAGAAGUAUCUUUGCUAGGAUUGCUGUACCAUCCAUUAAGCUGCUGCUGGAGGAGUGCACUGAAAAACUGAAUCUGAACAUGGCUGCACGACGAGUGUUCUUGGCAGACGGCACUGAAGCACUAGAACCUAAAGACAUACCCCAUGAUGCCGACAUUUAUAUUUCAACUGGAGAGCCUUUUUUAGAUCCAUUCAAAAAAAUUAAAGACCAUCUGUCAUUAAUGAAGAAAGUAACUUGGACGAUGAAUGGUCUGGUUCUUCCUUCUGGUGUCAAGAGAAGGAAAACCAAGCCUGUCCUUUCCAAUCGCAUGAAGAAGCUUAUUGAGAAGUCCUCACUCAGGAUUUUGGUGUUUAAGAAUUGCUCUGGGCAGGAUGGCUAUGAGAUUAUUGCAACACGGGACCAAAUUGAAAAGUUUUUAGAUGCUUGCACAAUAAGAAUGAAUCUUACUUCACCAGCAAAGCAUCUGUACAACAUUCAUGGAGCAAAAAUUGAAGAUCUCAUCAGUGUUCCUCUGCUUGACAAAUGCCUGCAAAAUUCCAUCACACCUUUGCGUGGACCUGUUUGGGUCUCUAAGGGAGAAGGUUUCAGCCCCUCAGGAGCAAAGAUGUAUAUCCAUGGAGUUCUUUUGGCCUUAUACCAACGAUUAAAGUCUGCAAAAAACUAUUGCAAACAGAUGGAUUUUGCCAUUGAUGGUCAGAGAAGGGAAAUCACAGAAAAAGGCAUUCUUUCAAUGACAACAGAGGAAUUAUACUUAGAGCAAGAAAAGGUGAACAAGCUGAUUGAGGAAUUGCAAGUGGCUAUCAAGAGCUACAAAGGUCACCUCUCAAAACUUGCCCCACAAUUGCAGGCUGAGCAGGAGCAGUGUGCCUCUUAUGUCUACCAACACAUUAAAAGGCUUCCAGCAAACAUUGUUCUCCCACAAGGCUUGCAGCUAAAGGUAUAUGAAAAUGGCAAAGACACAGGGGAGAUCCUAGUUUAUAUCAACAAAAAAGAGAUGGAGAAUAACUGUAGGAAUCAACCCAGUGUUAUGAUGGAUAGGCUGCUGCAUAUGAUUCAUGAAAAACUACAAUAUUCAGCAGACUUCAAACCAACAGGCCUCAAUCUUAUUCCUGCCCGGCUUUUUGAUGAGAAAGGACAAGAAAUUAAAAACCCACUUUUACUGAAGAAUGAGCAAAAAAUUUGGGUUUCUUAUGGUAAAGAUUACAGGUCUCCCUUAAACCAUGUUCUAAGUUUGACCUUUGACAGAGUGACUGCAGCUGAGAAGGAUGGUAUCACAAUUAUUUACAAAACUCUUCUGGAUCCUAAUGUUGAUCUGCUGCCUGGAUGUGACAAUUGGGAAGCUUGUACAGAAUUUCCAGACAACUUCCAGUGCACAAACCACCAGACACUUCAAAACUUGGAAAAGGUGGACAUGAAUAGCCAUUUUAUACAGUACAAGGCCGAUCCCCAGAUAGUUUUUCAUGUCUCUGUUGCCAUGGAUAAAAUGAGGAAGGUACUUCCCAGAAGAAUGGACUGUCAGGAUCUAAAAGUCCCAUCAACACUGUGGCCUUUGGCUAACAUGUGGCUAAUCACAAAGGCUGGAAUGAUUCUGAGUCGAGCUAUGGUACAGAGCUGUCUAGCUAUUGGUCAUCCAAUUAGAGUUGAGACAGAUGAUGGCACAUCUCUGGAAGGAUAUAAGUUAACAGUACAGAAAAGAGACAAAAGUAGCAUCUAUCAACACUGGGGGUUUAGAAAUGAUGGUUCUAUCUAUUGUAAGGCUUACCCUGAGUUUCUCCUGACCUACCUAGAGGAGCUAAAUGUAAGAGAGGAGGUGACCCAGAUGGAACACCACAUCCACCAUGGGGCCUGGUCUACAGCUCAUCAGGAGAUAGAGAGCAGCUCCGCAGAAGAGGUCACUGUACCAAGCCAGAGGCAGGUUCUGCAAAAAAAUGUCAACAACUCCAAUCAGAAACAACUUUCAGGACCUUUGGACGCCCAUUUAAUGCCUGCAGGUCCCCUAAGGGAGACUAUGCAGCUGACAGUCGCACUGGUGAGGAAACUAGAAGAGAAACAUCCUAAGGCCUCAGCUCAAAGAUGGGCUAUAAAGCAUGAAGGGACAACUAAACCAGACCAAUGGAAACAUUCCAAAGUGGAGAAUCCGCUAUGGAAUAAGCUGACAUACAUGUGGCCUGUCCUUCCAAAUGGAGAACUUAAUGAGGAUUUUGACUGGCCAAUUGAGGGAUUGCUGGUUCCAAACAGUCCUUCACUUAAGAAACCAGCUGGCAAGAAGUCAGAUUGCUAUAUACCUGUGAGAUUGAGGGCUUUGCACAAUGGAGACAGGGACAAAAGCAAGGCUAUCACCAUCAUUGGACCUGAUGUUACAAAUAUGCUAAACAGACAAAAUAUUCAUCCUGAAAAGAAACAGAAAACAAAGGAGAACCAGAAAAUGCAUCCUGAUGAAGACCGUGGAAUGGAAAUAUACAAGAUAGAAUUUCAGCACUUUUUGGACAAAUGUACUGCAAUGUUGAAUUUACCUGCUGCUGCUCGAAGAUUGUUCACUGAAAAAGGCGUGGAACUCUUUCUUUUGAAAGGCCUUGAGAGAGAUCAGCUGGUGUAUGUGUCAUGUGGAGAACCGUGGAUUGAUCCACACUUGACUGUGGCUCAGCACAAAAAACGUCUCCUACUCAAUAAUCUAGCGUCAGAUAUAUCUGCAAUUCAUGCCUACUGUAUCAUGCGUAACCCUGAAAUUCUAGUUUUAGGAGUAAGGAGCAAUAUUGCUGCUGGAGCCAAACUUUUUGUGGAUAGAUGUCUUGUGGCUUUUGAAGAAGAAAAACUAACUGAGGAGCUGCAGGAAAAUCAAACAGAAGAAAUGUUUCUGAAUAUAAAAGAUGAUUCAGAUCUACCUCAACCAAAGCUGAAUGCAGAAUUGCAGAAGGCUCACCAUCAGCAGUUUGAGUUUAGAGACAAACAGAUUAUAAACUGUGCAUUCCCAGGGCUUGUUUUGGGGAUACAGGAUGCUAAUCUGCGUGCUGGGACUGAAGUUGUUUUGGUGGAAAAGAAACCUGAUGAUACCAAUCAGCGCUGGAGAUGGAGAGAUCAUGACAGGACAUUUCAUUUGAUGAGUGAUCCAAAUCUAGUGCUAGCAGUGUCAAUGCCCAGCACACAGCCUAGAUAUUCAAAAUGUGCACUGGACAUGAAAGGAUGCGCUGUUGUUCUGCAGAAAUAUAAAGAAUACAGCAAUGGGGCUGCCAAUCAAAAGUGGCAUUACAUGGAAAAUGCAGGAGUAUUUAGUGCCUUUUACAGCACAGUACUGGAUCAAGAAAUCACAGCAGCAAAUCAUGUUUCUGUUUGCACAUUCUCUGUGACCAGUAGAGAAAAAAUAGACCAGCCAGGCUACUGUUUUCUUUCACCUAGUGGAAAGCAGAAGUUCAUGAUAUGCUUGGCUUGUGCAAGGGCCAUAAGAGGAAAGAAAGAACUGAAAAAAUUACCCACAGGUAGCAUGUUCUUCUGUGCCUCUGGCUCUGAGGAAGCAAAUCAUUUCUCCUUGGGGCCUUUUAAGUGUGUUAAUGUGAUGAAGACUGAUUUAUCCACAUUGGAAGCUGAAAAUACCUUGAAUUAUUUAGAAGAAGUUCUAGCAUCUUUGCGGACCGAAACCUCCAUACAAACAAUCUCAGAAAAGAUCUCUGCAGCUAUGAACCAGAAAGCGGUGAAAAUAAUUGCAUACAGAAAUGGAGCUGGCUACCAAAAUGGUCAGUUAAUCAUUGCUAGCACAUUCCCUAUGCUGCUUACCAUGUGUACAAGACAACUUGAACUUACCAGGAAAGCCUGCAGACUAUAUACCAGUGAUGGAAUCCUAAUGCUUACCCUGCCAGAUUUAGUCACAUGGGCUGUAAAUGAGUGUUUCAGACAAAGUGACUCAGAAGAAGACUAUAAAGAGAGAACUGCAAUCACUGACAGUGCUGAAGGUGGGGCUGCACUGCAUACGGAAGAUAAGUACAUGGAGAAAGCGAAGAUAAAGUCAGAAUUAUCCUUGAUGACUCCAGACAGUUUGAACAUGAUAGAUGAUUCUUUGCUCACCAUCAUCCUCAGAAAUCCUAUAGAGGUCUGGGUUUCCUGUGGAGAACCUUUUCUACCUUUGGAUGCUUUGCAAAAGGCAGCAAGGCAAGAGAAACAAAACUGGUUAGAGAAGGACAAAAUUUUGGCUGAUCUAGAUGCUAUGAAACACAAAAUGAGACAGCUGCAAGGGCGACGAAUAACAGCCUUUAAACCAUCCACCUUGGUGCCUACAAAAAGCCCAGUUCAGCCUGUAGUAGUAGAAGGAGGCUGGACUGAAGAAACCGAAGAAGAGAUGAGGCUCAUGGAAAAUAUACAACAUACCGAGACACACUUCUCAGAGGUUCAAGCAUCACAGUUCGAAAGAAGUUCUCCAUUUUCAUCUAAACUGCUGUCAUCCAAACACAGAUGUCUGUAUGAUCAACCAUCUGCAAAAAGAGUGUGGGCUUACCGGAAUGGUUAUAAACCCGAGCAAGGAGUUUAUGCCUGGGGAAAAACAAUUUCAGAGCUGCUGGAUAACUGCACCACCAGGCUAAAUAUGCAACAGCCUGCCAAGGCUCUGUAUACACCGGAUGGUGAGCCACUCCAGUCAUGGGAUGAAAUAGAGAGAGACAUGCUUCUGUGUGUUUCUGCUGGAAGUCCUUUUCUGAGCAGAAGAGCCAUCAAGCAGCAGGUGGAAGUUAGAGCUAUUUAUGCCAGAAUCCGAAAGCAGCAAGGUCCAGAUGCCACUAAUAUUGUUGUCUCUCCUUCAGAGAAACUUAAAGGACAGAGAGAAAUUGCUUUGGCUGUCAGUAAACAAGUGAUUCCAGAAGAACAGUGGAAAAAAUGUCAUCAGCAAAUUAUCUUUAUUUGUUUCAAGCUCACUGCAAUCUACUGGCGUACUCUUCUGCACAAUUAAUCUGGUGUGACAUAAAAUGCAUUUCAGAAAUGCUGCAUUCUGAUGGCUGACCUCCUGUAUACAAUGCACGGAUCUUGGGAAAUCAGUUACAGUGUUUGUGCAUACAUAUGCAGUAACUGCUUUUCAAAAGUGCAUGGCAAUGUGUGCUCCAUAUCUAAGGAAAUAAUUAAGUAUUGUGGCCAUGGGCUAUGUAAAUUCCAUAGCUUUCAGAAUUAGUCCACAGUGUUGAGGGACUGGAUAAUUAGAAAGAAUUUUCAGAACCUGUUCUUGCAAAGGCAGUCUGCAGUGAUUUUGUGUUUGAAGGGAAUAGUUGCAGGGAUCAGUUCUAAAAUACAUAUAUGUAAUUUGGAGAACAAUCCUCAGUAGGAAAAAUAGCUUUAGCAUAUGUCUAUAGGUGAAGUAAUUUACAUUGAAUUGAUUAAGAAUCCUAAUUAAACGUGUUUCUAAAGAUACUUGUUUUUGUAAUGUUCUAAAGUCCACUUUUUAUCAGGAAUGAUCUAAAAAUAAACCGUGUUCUGAGCUUCUGCAUUGGUCCCUUGCAGAAAUGAACAGCAGCAGAAAAAAGUGGCAGGCAAAACAUUUCACACACCAUAAUCGUCACAGGUAUCCCAAGUUCUUUGAAAAUGCUACUCCAUGAGCUAUACAAUCAGAUUUGCUUGUUGUGCUUCUGAAGACAAGUUACCACCAUUUUUAAUGCACAAAGACUGUCACUAUUUUGGGAAGAAAAUCUUUAUUAGUUGGAAAAGAGCCUAAUGUUGAACAUACACACACAAAAAGCCUUCACCUGAAGCAGACACAUAGUACACCAAAGAGAAAAUUAAUUAGUGAGCAAACCAGUGGAAAAUUGUUCUUACCAAAAGAAAGAAGCUUAAGAGCCUACUCCAACACUCACUAAAGUCAAUGGUAGCCUUUCCAUUGACUUCAGUCGGUAUUGCGUAAGAGCCUAAGUUAAUAUUCCUUGCUGUUGUAAAGUCAUUUAUUGUAGCUUUACACAGUCCCUUUCAGCCAAAGCUAACAACCUACUACUUUGGCCUUUGGUGGGGGUGGCGUGGGGUCUAGCUAUGAGAUAGGCGGAGACUAAGACAGAUUUGUUGGUCAGAAUAAGAGUCACAAGAUAGCUGUAACUAAACAUAGGCAGACACUUACUGUAGAUAUCUAGAUCUUGUUCAGUGAUGAUCAUAGGUCAGGCUUGAUAAAUAUGGGUCAGUUUGCUGGGUAGUUCUGUCUGAGCAAAUGUAAUUUCUACUACUUUUGUACUAUUUAACAGAUGACAUUGUUGCUAAUAUUCACUGAGACAGCUUUAUGAGGCUCAAUGGUACUCUGUUUGCUCUUAUUUAAACACAUUAUUGUCUUUCUUAUACUAAUUUAGCCAAAGAUUAAAGUUAAUCAGGGAUGUGUGGUAAAGAUUUAAGAGUAUUCUUGCUUAGACAGUUAGAAAAUAAAAUUCAGUAGUCUUUUAAGAAAUCAUCCAUCAUCACACAUAAAAACCUUUCUAAUUACAAAUAUAAGGGCAGAUCUUCACCUGAUGUAACUUGUUAAAGCUCCAGUGAAGUCAACUAUACUAUUACUGUAAAUCUUGUCAUAAAAUCAAAUACAUAUAAAUCCAACUUUUAAGUACGUUGGCUGGCUGUUUCCCGGGAUUAGGUUUCUCUCUCUCUUCCAAGUAUUCAAGGUUCUUUCUCUCAGGUUCCUCUUCAGACUUCUCUGUCUUCUCUCCAGAUCAUCUCUGCUGUUAAAGCAUCUUUUUAAGGCCAAUAUUCACACCCUUUGUCUUCUUCCAAGACCUUUCUGCCUCUACCAACCUUCUACUGGUCACAGUAAUUUAUUUUCCAGAACUACAGCUUGUCACAUCCAUGCCAAAGCCACAUUUUCAAAACUAGGUGAAGCCUAGAGCUGUAAGUGGGUUAAGUGCAUUUCUCUGCCAAAAAAGAGUGGAAUUUCACAAGUACUUUUGAGAACAAAAUUUAGCCAAGUGUUUGGUGGUCUGACUGGUUAUGAUGGUGCCAAUGGUUUGCUAUUAUAAUUUUUGGAAAGUAUUCAGGCUAUUAUGUAAGAUAUCUGUGUUCACAUAGAGACUCAUCAAGAGAUGCACUCUAGGGUUACACUUCUAACCUAAAUAGUUCAUGUUCUUAUUCAAAAGUAUAUUUGAAAUUUGUUCUCCGACAGAUUUAAUUAUGAGCUAAAUUCUGCUUGUUAGGCACAGCCUGUUACAGGCUUCUUCCCAGAAUUCCCAAUUGCCCCGGGGAAGUGAAUUGUUGAUCCCUUUGAGCUGUGCAACAUAUUCUUUCCCUCCUUGUGUGUGGCUGACCAGCAGAGUUAGCUGGCACGUUGCGGGGCAGAGCCAUGGCUAUACUAACUUCCCAUCACUAGUUGCUCCAAGCAAUGUAGGUGAACAACAUAGGAGAACAGCUCAUGAUUCUGGACGACCCUUAUCCAGGUAAUGCAAUGUAGAUGAGUCCUUAUUCUUCCCCCUACUGUAUGCCCAUGUAAGCAUGACCAUGAUUCAGCUUCAUAUUUGAAGGAUAGCAUAUGCAAAGGUAAGAACUAGCAUUAGAGUUAGUCCAAAAGUGGAACUUCAAAUCCAAAUCCCUUCAAAGUCUUGGUGAUCAAAUUCACCCCUUCAUCUUUGAUUCCAGUUAGGAGCCUAUUUUCCAGUUUAGAUUUGAUCAGAAUUCUGCAAAAAUAGCUACAUUUUUAUUUCUUCCUCAGGCUGAUUCUGUGAUAUUUCCACCACCUAAAUCAUGAGAAGACAGUGUUCAGGGUAUCGGCAUCACUGUAAAUCCUAGCCUUGAACCUAAAUCUUGAACUAUACCAUGGGUGAAAUCCAGGCUUCACUGAAAUCAAUGGGACUUUUGUCAUGGACAAAGAAGCCAGGAUUUUGACCCAUAUACUUACCGGUAAUUCAGAUUCCAACCCAAACACUUCCUGCACACAUCUCUGAUUAGGACUAUAAUUAAACAGAGAGACAUGAAAUUGUUUCAGGAGUCUAGAUGCUGCAGUGGGAUAGUGUAUUAGCUUUUAAUCUCUGGAGAACAGGGUUCAAAAUCUAUUAAAGGUUGCAAACAAAAAUGAAUUGGGUUGCAUAGUUUGGUAAAAUUGCAUGAGUAGCAGUCUCUACUUAAAAGAAUUCUAGGAGUGGAAAAAAGACAAGGUGCUUUGGCAAAGCUGUGUAAAGAAGUUUAAACAGUAAUUGCAAACCCAAUCCUAAAUUCUGGUUAAUAUCAGUCACUUUCAUAAGUAUUAAAUUCAUUUUUAAAACAAAUUCUCCAUGAAAACAAUAGGGUUUUGAUUCUGCCACACGUAGACUGAGUGGCAGAAUUGAAACCUACUCACCAUUUUGGUUAUCAACUGAUUUUGAAAACAGACUUGCACUGCAAUAGAGGAAGAAUAGCCUCAUUACUUCCUUAUAAGACAUUUUUAGUGCAUUCUGGUUGAAUAAUUUUUAGGAUAGGUCUGAUAUAGCUUUCCUGGGUAUGUAAAAGCUUUGGCUAAAGACUAUAGCUCUUCUGAUUGUGUUAUUUAGUGUGAUUUAAACAGACAUAAAUCAAUAGCUUAGAAAUGUCAUGUUUUCAUUAAAAUUGUUUGAUCUCAUUAGUUUAGAUUAUGGUUAAAAUAUAGAGGAUAUACUAGUAAAAUCAAUCAAAGCGGAACAAAUAAGAAGUGCUUGUAAAGUCACUUGGAUUCCUAACAUGCUAGAUCUCAUUAUUAGAGGUACUUACAGAGAAAUAAUUUCCUACAGAAAAAUGCUAAACCCCAUGCCCACGGUGUUCUAUGGUGCAGAGAACAGCAAGUGGACACUGAGCUAGAUUCUGCCUUUUCUCAUACACCAGUGAAACCUCAUUAAAGUUUGUGGAGUUAUUCUAGUGUAACUGAGCAGAAUUUGGCCAACAUUUUAAAUUUGUUUGGUUUUAAACCUUUACUGAAAGAGGAUGGUUCCAAUACAAAGACUCUCCACAAUGAAACAUAAUCUUGAUUACCCAAAGGACUAGUGAAUCUGAUAGGCAAAAUAUUUCCUUAAAUGUUUUCCUUUUGCAAAACUUCCAAGCUUAAAAUCAGGAAAUAUAUUAUCUAUAAAGGAUGAACGGGAAUAUGACUUUGGAUUUGGGAAAGGGAUAUGUUCUCUUUUAUUUAUAUACUCCUCCCUCCCAGCAUUUUCCCCAUUCCUCAUUUCAAGGCCAUAGCCACCUGGCAAUCUGUAUUUAUUACAGGCUGAUGUACUGAAGAUAGUUCUAUAGAAGACAGAGGAAUUAAAAACCCAUUUCAGUAUGGCACCUAAAUGAGAUGUUGGGAAAAUAUUUAGAUCCCAAGCCUGCCCUAAAAUGUUGGUACAAUGAAAACCCAUUGAAAUCUUUGGGAGUCUCAUAUGCAUAACCAAGGGCAUAAUUUGACUCUUAAUUUAAAAAUUAUUUUCUAAUUUAUUCAUAUCACUUAACUGAAAGUAAUUAAAGCCAAAUUCAGGACACCAUUCCUACUAAGGAAAAAACUUAAGUACAUGCUUAAAUUGUGUUGAAGUCAAGUUAAGCAGGUGCUUACAUGCUUUCCUGAAUCAGGGUCUCAAUACUCAAUUCUUUGUGUUAAUUGAUCACUUACAUGUUUAUACUUUUUAUUUUAUAAACCAUACAUAUUGUAGUAUGAUAAACCAUACAUACUAUUUGCUCCUUGAUUAAUGAAAGAUAUUGAAACACAUCAUUUGACCCUUACUCACACAAAUAAUUCUUACUAACAUUAGUCACAUCGAAAUCCAUAAGAUUUAGAGGAAAAGGUCCUUCUCAUGUGAGCAAAAUGUUUCGGGGCUGGGUCCAAUACUAUUAAUGAAUGAAUGAAUUACUAUUGUAUUGAGGUGAUAUUUUUGAUACUUUACAAUGUAUGUUUUGUGUAGCA